AUGGAUAGUUUGACCGUCAACGAUUUGGUGAUCCUCUUAAAUAAAAUCGGCGAUACAGCAUUGCACGCGGCUUCGUGGAAAGGCCAUCUCGACUGUGUGAAAACUUUACUGGAACAUGGUGCAAAUGCGCUAGUACACAACAAUGAAAGAAAGCAGCCAAUCGAUGUGGCCAGUGAUCCACAAAUACGGGCCCUGAUUAAAUUAUCAAUGUGCAGAGCAAUGGAGAAAACUGAGGUCCAGAAUUCGGAGUACCUCUCCGAAUCCGAAAGCGGAUCCGAUCCCGAAAGCGUUAACGAUCAGUGA